AUGGCUCGUCUCUGUUACUUAGCCUCUGCGGCUCUGGCCUUACUCGGGCUUGUUGCCGCGGAGGAACCUACCGCCCAAGUGGUUAACGGCACGUACCGCGGCCGGCACCUCUCCGGGUGGGACCAAGAUGCGUUCCUGGGUAUCCCAUUUGCUCAGCCGCCGGUGGGACAGCUGAGAUAUCGUUGGCCCCAAAGUCUAAACUCUUCCUUUGACGACGUGCGCGAUGCGACUGAGCAUGGGUACAGCUGCAUGCAGUAUCGUGGGAACUUCAACAUGUCAGAGGAUUGCUUGACACUCAACGUCGUCCGUCCCGCUGGAAAGCCAGAGAAACCAUUGCCAGUUCUUGUAUGGAUCUACGGAGGUGGCUUGUACACUGGCUCUGUUGCCGACCCCCAGUAUAACCUCUCAGGCAUCGUCAAAGUCAGCCAAGACAUGGGCGAGCCCAUCAUCAGCGUUGCAAUGAACUACCGUCUCAACAUGUACGGCUUCUUACAAACACCUCAGCUUCUAGCAGAAGGAUCAAGCAACGCGGGUCUGCUCGACCAGCGGUUGGCCCUCCGGUGGAUCCAGGAGAACAUUGCCGCCUUUGGUGGAGACCCCGACCGAGUGACAAUAUGGGGCGAGAGUGCCGGAGCGCAAUCCAUCGCUUACCACCUAUUCAGCUACGACGGCCGGGAUGACGGCUUAUACCGCGCCGCAAUCCUAGAGAGCGGUGGGCCGACAGGAGCCCAGGUCCAAAACCUACCGUACUACAACUCUCCCGUCGAGAACCUCACCCGCACAACCGGCUGCUGGACCGCCAAAGAUCAGCUCGCCUGUCUUCGUGGUCUCAGCCAAGACGCCCUCUUCGCUGCUAAGCCCAGCCAAGUCUGGAACCCUCUCAUUGACGGCGACUUCCUCACGGGAUACCCAAGCCAGCUGAUUCGCGAGGGCAAGUUCGUCAAGGUGCCGUUGUUGACCGGCGCCAACAGCGACGAAGGGAUCAACUUCAACCCGAACUCGCCGAAGCCCGACAACGAGGAGAGCCUCUUGAAGGGGUUCAUGUGGUGGCGGUCCUACUCGCUUUCGGCACCGACGAUUCGCAAGUUCUUUGAGCUUUACCCGAACGACCCAUGCACGCAGCCACCCAACUCCAUCACCAACUGCUCCGUCUACCCCGCCAAGGGUCUGCAGUGGCGGCGGGGCGCCUCAAUCGGCGGAGAUCUGGUCAUGAUUUCGGGCCGGAGGAAGAUGUGCGAGUUGUAUGCCGGUCCGGACGUCGGACAGACCGUGUACAGCUACCGGUUCGACCAGCGGUUGUGGAACAGGGGGGAGCUGGACGGCGUGCAGCACUUUGACAAUGUCGCGUUCAGUUUCCAGAACAUUUCCGGGUUGCUGGGCCCGUCUCCCCAGUAUGACAGCCACGUGGAACUGGCUCAAGCUAUCGGGCAGGCGUAUGUUCGGUUCGUUAAUGCCCUUGACCCUAACCCGAAGGCCGGGAACUCGACAAAGAGGGACGGUCUGCUGCCAUACUGGCCCAAGUAUGACGUCAAUGACCCCAAGAAUCUGGUUCUGAAAGCUGGUGAAAGUUUCGUGGAGGAUGAUACGUGGAGAAAGGAGGGCAUUGCAUACAUCAACUCUUAUGAGGUUGCAAGGGAGCUUCUCGCAUAG